CUUACAUAAACCCUUGUUUUCAUUGACUUUCUGUGCGUACAUCGGUUUCUUCAGCAAAUGAUCACAUGACAAGGAGGUCGUCAAUUCAAUCUUUAGUGUAAGUCGAAACUUAUACUUAAAUUAACACUCACACUGUACACAUAACACAUGAAGAACAUACAGUACAGUAAUAACAGAGUAAUAAAAAGAUUACCUCCAAUAAUUAAAUAAAGCAGUUUUUAAAAGAAAAAAGAGAGCAACUCCUCACAUUUAUUCCUGUGGUUGUCUUGCAUACUGGGAGGGGCGUUGCAACAGAAGGAGUGACAGGCCUAUUAGGAGGAAGAAGUCUCAAUGAUGAGACCACUUCACUGCUUAAUUGUCAAUGUCGAUUUCGUAGGAGGAAAGGAAACAGGUAUGCAGCCAGUAUUGAUCAUUGUUUCUCCACUUUUUGAGCAUUUUACAAUGUCUAAUUUCACUUCACUUUCUGAAGAAGUCUGCCUCUUGCUUGGAAAACAUAAUGAAAAGUUGUCCUUUCUCAGUGUAGCGACGUGCACUUACUAGUUCUCUAGCAAAUCUCGUAUUUAUGAACCAGUCGUUUAGGUUGAAACUAAGUUUUUAAUUAAUUUAUAGAGUGCGGUGUAACCACGAAACGCCACAAUUCGAUGACCGCAACAGUAUAACAUCCUUUCAAUACAACCAGUUACAUCACAAAGAUAAAAAGUUCUUUCCAGCCAUGCAACAAACCCAUAAUCAUAAUCACAUGAUGUACCUUGUGGUGACAACUAGGUGGCAGUGUUGAUGUGUUUUGUGAUGUGUUUUGCUUUUUGUUAGAAAAGUGGUCCCCAACCUUUUUUGACCCUUGGGCCGGCUUGUGUUCCCACAAAUCUCCCGCAGACUCCCGGGAGUUUGUACAAUAUAGUGAUCAAAUUUAUCUUAUUAUUUUGUAUUGUGUAAAACUAAGACAUGAACAACAUCAAAUUAAAAGCACAAAACGAAUGCAGACCCACCAUCCACCAAUACAAGCCUGGAGUUUGUUUUUCAGAGAGAUUAUUACAUCGCUGACACAUGUGCACGUUAGCACUCAAUAAGUCAUCAAAACUUAACCUUUAUGCAUUCCCACAUAGUAUCAGCAUUUAAGACCAAAUAUGAGCUGAAAGAAAAACGGCAAAAUUACAGUAUAAUAGUCUAUCUGUGCUGCAUGGGAGAAAGUUAGCACACGCAUGAUGGUGCGUUCAGGGACCGUCGAACAAAGUGUGACGGGUCGCUGCUUGCAACAAACAACAUACAAAUGCCAAAACGAUGGGAUUUGUAACUGCAUAUUAUGGCAAAACAGGAAGGUGGUGUCCCUGUUGAUCUCGCUGCCACAUCGUGUCUUUGACAAGUCACGUCUUCACUGAAGGUAAAAGUAACCUCAAAUGUUCAUUUAUCCCUUUCGUUCGUCAUUUAUAUGUAUUUAUAUGCCUUUCAAAUUGUUUUCUUUAUGUCAAACUGUAAUUGUAGAACUAUUAAAAACAGUGAAGCAUACUUAGUUAUAUGUUGAAAUCCUGUGCUUUUUGUUGUUAAGGUUACAAAGAACACUUACGCAAGUCUUGAAAACAUUGAUAACAAAUUGACAAAAUCACAAGCUGGUGCAAUAUUAUUGAAAAAAUAACCCUCAAACAAUUGCAACUUUUGCCGCAACGUUUUGAAAAAGCUGCUGCCAAAUCAGGCAUUUUAGGCUGCGACAAUCACAAAAAAGCUCACGAAAUCCUGGAGGGACCGUAUAAUCAUUGUAAUGAUACACUAUAUAGGUUGUAUGUUUUGUUAUUGGCAACACUAUGCAUUUGUACAGGAAUUUGUUGUGACCCUCAUCAGUAAACCAGAGAGGAUUCCUGUUUACAUCUUCACCGAGAGUUAUGUAGAUUUCUGUCAUCAUCCAGCUCUCAAGUGACAUUGUUAUUGGCAUGCAUGAUUGUAUAACAAUCAUCAGGGGCCACCAGUUGAACACUGCUUCAACCCAGCUGUUUCCCCAGACGGAAAACAAGUUGAUAAAGUUAGCAGCUAUUUUUGUACAAUUUAAAACACCAUGUCAUGAUACUUGCAAGGUGUUGGAACAUAAACUGUUGAAUAAAGCAGUUUGUAAUUCCACAUACUAAACACAAAAUAAUAGUUUGUCUUUUGGCUUUAGAUUUAUACUUUGGGACAUGUGCAUCAUUUUGAUGUUCACUUUUGCAAGAGUUUAAUAAUAGCUUAUGCGUCAUGUUUGCGGUGCCUCGUGUUGAGCUGCCAGGCGUGUUGACGUACAGUAUGUCACAAGGCACUUAGGAAGUCAGGCAUGAGAAUUGCUUGGUGGAUCUGUUGACAAUUGUGAACUGAACAACUUCACAUUAGCAUUUAGUUUCAUGUGGGUUUUAGUAUGAAAGCAGUUUUAAUAGACUAUUGCUUUUCUACUGUUUUUUGUAUGCCAUCAGUGGAAAACCAUUCAAGUUAUUAAAAACACAUGACAUAACAUUUAUUUAUUUUGAACUUACGUUUCAGCUGCCGAAGUAUAACGCCUCAUUGUGCACCAAACUCAUUGUGCUGCAUCCAAAACAUGUACUUCAACCAAACCUCGACAAAACGUUACACCCCAUUAAACGUAAACGGCGUAUUCCACACACAGCGUUGCUAAAAGUCAAUCAAGAAAGUGCAAAGGAGCUGACGUCCGCAUUGGCACACGAUGUGAACUUCAGAGUAGUUCCAGGUUCUUUCUGUUUUUGUUUUUUGUCAAAAACCAGACAAUUACACAAGUCACACUGAUUCAACAUCAGAAAUAUUGUGAUUUUAUGUAAGUGCAAUUUUUGUUCAGAGACAAUUUUAUUUUCAUUGGGGUUUUUCUGUCUUUUUUUUGUUUGUUGAAUUAAUUUUAUAUAAAAGCUCCAUUUACAAUGUUAAAUACUCUUGAGAAAAUGUUGCUUUUGAUAUGGAGUACUUGCAUUAUUAUGCCAUAUAUUAUUUAAUUAAUGAAAAAAAAAUUGACGAUAAUAUUGUUUAUCUGCAAUAAUUUGUGGGACAGUUGUCGUCCAUCAAAAUUUGUUAUCGUGACAUGUACAUGUAAAGAAGUGUGUGUAUUAUCAUGUUUUUAUAGAUUAUUACCGACUCAUCGUUAAUGGGAUAUCUUUUCUGUGGAGAAAACAUAAACAUUUUCCUGAGGGGAAAAAAAUGCUAACUAAUGUUUUGACCAAAAAUCUGCGAAUUUGCAGGACCGUGAAUGCUGAAUCGGAAAUGUGCGGGGGUCCACUGUUAUACAAUUGUGCAACCACCCACUUGACACUAUGUUCACAGUUACUUGUUUACCAUUUGGAUUGUACCCCUUCUGUCAUGCGGGGUUCCUUUUAAGCCAGUCACAUGUACCCUGUUUAUUUCUCAGUCCACCAUGUCUCUCAAUGUUGGCUGGUGCACAUCGCCAACUGGAACAUGUGACACGUGGUGCAAUGGGUAGGUGGGGGCCCAUUUCUGUGAAAACCUUCCUGGCCAGCAAGCAGUUGGGAAUGUGUGCUUUGGUUGGUUAGAUCAAAUGUCACCAGCUGUAAGGGGGUGGUAUAAAGGACAGUGCUGCUAGUUCCCAGCCAGUGUAGCAGUAGCUGGACAUGAUAUCAUAAGCGGAAACACUGAAAAGAGUGGAGCAGAUCCUGCUAUUUAUUUAAAAAACAACAAUUUGAAGCUGACCAAGAAAAAGAACUUCAGCUGAUAGCUCCUGAAAACAACUUUCCAUCAUGGAUCUUCAGAGGACAGGAUCAUUGGUUCGCCCUCCAAGCCCCAUGGACAGCCUUGAGAAGCAGCUGAGCUGCCCCAUCUGCCUGGACAUGUUCACCAAACCUGUUGUCAUCCUCCCCUGCCAACACAACUUGUGCCGAAGCUGUGCCAGUGACCUCUAUGACUCGCGCAAUCCAUACCGCUUCUCGGGUGGUGUUUUUCGCUGUCCUACAUGCAGGUUUGAGGUUGUGCUUGACCGCCACGGUGUCCAUGGGCUCCAGCGGAACCUGUUGGUCGAGAAUAUCAUCGACAUCUAUAAGCAGCAGCAAGAAGUGAGUGGCAAUGGAAACACAGAAACCUCCCUGAAGCCUAAAGAGUCAAAAGAGCCAAUGUGUCAGGAACAUGAAGAUGAGAGAAUCAACAUCUAUUGCACAACGUGCCAGACCCCCACUUGCUCCAUGUGCAAAGUGUUUGGCCAGCAUAAAGACUGUGAGGUGGCGCCUUUAGAAAGUGUUUAUCAGUCCCAAAAGGGUGAACUGAGCAACGCUAUCGACAGUCUGGUGGCCAGUAAUGCACGCUUACAGUCUCUACUUAUCCAGAUGGAAGAUGCUUGCCGCGCUGUACAAGAAAAUGCCCAGCGUGCUAAACAAGGCUUAGCGGAACGCUUUGACCUGUUGUAUGCUGUCCUGGAGGAGCGAAAAACCAUACUGCUGGAGCAAAUUGGGAAAGAGCAAGAUGAGAAGGUGGCUGCUCUACGGGCACUGGCUCAGCGUUACGGCGAACGACUUCAGGCGAGCUCCGAGCUGACAGACUCAGCUGUGAGGGCAUUGGAGCAGAGUGGUGCUGCUGAGUUUUUGUUGGCAUCCAAGGGCCUGAUCACGCAAACCAAAGAUGCAGCUAAAAGCUCAAUGGGAGAAGACCGACCAGAGCCAGGGUUUGAGAAGAUGGAUCAUUUCACUGUGUCGACAGAGCACGUUGAAACGGUCCUGGCAAAGAUUGACUUUGGGUCAGGUGAUGAUGAAGAUGAUGAUUUUGAUGACGCUGAGGAAGAGGAGGAAUAAUGGAAACUGAAGUGAUGGUGGACUUGUUGAAAACACUGCUGUGCUUUUGAAGGUUUUCCAAUGGGAGUAUGGCAAGGACCUGUGGAUGUUAAUAAUAUAAAGUAAUGAGGGAUGUGGGAUAGAAUUACUUGCCAGUCUUUCAGUGCAAUAUUUAACAUCAAUGUUGAAUCCAUAACUUUCCUUACCUUUUUAUACUUUUGUACUUCUGAACCACUUGAAUGUUGGUGUUAAGAGGAAAAAAUGUCAAGUUUAAUAUAAAGAAUGUCUAAGAUUGUUUUUGUUUCAUUCAAAUGUAGCUUAUGGUUAGAUAUUUUGCAUUGUCACAUUGUCUUGGGUGAACCUGAAAUAAAGUGCAUGACCUUCUUUAUUGUUAGCUCUAAUCAGAAAACUAAGUUUAUAGGAAGAGCUCAUUCAAAAAGUAUGGAUUUUCUUUGGAGUGUUUCCAUCAGAAUGUGUCCCCAGUAUGCUGCUGCUCUUACUUGGCUUUAGACUGUAUUUAAAAAUAAAAGCAUCGCUAUGUCCUGUCGA